AUGGCAUCCUACAAUCCGGCUUACAAGCCACUACCUCCUCCGGGAAACUUCCAGCAGGGGUAUCUCAGCGCCCAGCAGCAACAUCAACAUCAACAGCUUCAACAUCAGCAGCUCCAACAUCAUCACCAACAGCAUCAACAAUACCUACAACAACCACAACAACAGCAGCAGCAGCAGCAGCAUCAGCAGCAUCAGCAGCAUUCGGGCCAAAAUGGGAUAGAGCGGCCUCCGUCUUUUGUUGGUCUACCGCCCAUUCGCCGUGGCUCAUCGCUUGGCUUGAACGCUGAAAGAUUCUCUGGUGACAACAACAACAACAACAACAACAACAACAACAGUCCGGGUAAUAGUAACGGUCAUCAGCAGCAGCAGCAGCAGCAGCUCCAACAGUAUGGACAGCAACAUCAACAGCACUCCGGCACGGCGCAACAAAACCCCAACACCAGUCAUCAGGGACAGCAACAUCCACAACAGCAAUCGAUUGUUCAGUCUGUUUACCGGCCAACCCAAGGUGCGCCUGGUCCGCAAACCCAGGCCCCUACUCAAGGGCAACAAACAUGGCAGCUACAAGGUCAAGGUCAACAAGGACCAUCCCCGGGCCUGUCCCGCGGGUUAGCGGGAGCUGCCGUCAGUUCUCCACACGGAGUGAACGGAGUGCCCCCGCAGGGCCCACAGCAAUAUACAGAUGGUUCCGGUCGACAGGGACCGAUGCUUCCUCAUAUGCUACCGGUCAACCUUUCCCAGAGGUUUCAACCUCAGAGUUGGGUACCGCAGGAGUCACAUCUAGCAGAGCCUCUACAUCCCUCGAGCCGCCAUCGUUCCUCACCAAGCAAUGCCUCAUCACAGCACCAGCAGCAACAGCAGCAAGCACAGCACCAGCAGCAGCAGCAGCCUCAUCAGCAGCCAUCACCCCCGCAGCAACAGCAGCAAUCAUACUACGGAUUUGACAAGGAGACCGGCGGCCCUGUUUCUGGAGGGCACUCCUCGCAAAGACCAAAACCACAGGCUUCCCAGCCAUCUCAGCAAACACAUCCGGCUUUUAGGGAUCAGCAGCACUACAACGGGUUACCAAGCCAAAGAGCUCACCCAACGCAACCUCUUCCUGCUCUCCCGACUAUUCAACAAAGCCCUGUCAUCCCGCAGGAAUCCGACCAGGAGAACCAGCAGCAAAAGAAUAAUGUAUCAUCGCCAGGCUCCGGCGCUCCUGGGAUCACGGUUACUGAAGAUGGGCGUAUCAAGCGCAACUCGGGCGUGUACUCAGGACUCAGAGACAGAUUAGCCACGGGCGGUCCAGUCGAGCGCCGGGAUGGUGACGGGACUCCGCGAUAUCAGGGGGUUGGCAACGACGUCGUCUCUGACUCAAGCGAUGACGAGGGCGACUUACCAAACCCAAUCGGUCCAUUUGGGGGAAGGGCGGCCGACAACGAUAGUAUGAUUGCGCAUGGCCCGGGCACGCCCAUGGGUGAACGUGUCCCGCCUCCGCCAUCGCAGUUUGCGCCACCGGGCCGGAAGCUGACUACUUUCUUCGGCAUCGGUGCCACACAACCAUCCGGACCUCAGCAGCCGAACUCGAUGAGGCCUGACAUGUCGAGAACUUCCACGUCGACCAAUGCCACGGAAAACCAGCCAGCUGGAAGCAUCGGUGGACCGCCGAAGAAGCGCUUCUCUGCUCUUAAGAAUGUCUUCCAUCGAUCAGAGGGCCAUAAGCAUUCGCCGUCAUUCACUAUCAAGACAUCACCCCCUCAGGCACAGGCCCAGUUUCAGGGCAUGAACCAGGGGCCACCUCCGGCGUCGUUCCUCCAGGGGCCACCUCCCGGUCCAUUGCCAGGCAUCCCUCAAGGGGAGGUUCCAAGGACACCUCAGGGGCCGGUUCAGGGGCAGUUCCAGGGACAGUCACCGGGUCAGACUCAGGGACAGGCCCAAGGACAAGGUCAGCACCCUCAGGGUCCCACCCCUCCGGCGGGAGCUGGCCCGCAGCCCGGUUCUUUCAAUCUGUACUCUGGACCUGAGCGAACUGUCACCGGUUUACGGCAGCCAGGUCAUGCGCUGCCACCUCCGGGCGCCCAGAAUCAGCAGUCACCACAACAGCAACAGGGGCAACCACAGCAACAAGCCCAGCAACAACAGCAGGGCAGCUUUGCGCAAUACGACCAGACCCGGAAGCCCAAUGGUGGCAUGUUUGGAUUCCUACGCAACCGAGCUGACUCCAAGCCCAAGGAUGGUCCUCCUGCUGUCUCGCUGCCAAUCCCCCCGGGGCAACCAAUUCCCUUUUCGCCGGGGCGGGGAGGACAACAGCAAUAUGGCAUGAGCCCAGCAUUGGGUCCAGAUGGACGCCCUUCCACUGCGGCUAACCAGCAACUAUUCCAGUCGCAAUUCGGGAGAGGAGGUCCGGGAUCGCCAGGCCAAACGCUACCUGUCUCUCAGCCCUCUGAUAACGGUCAGCUAGAUGAUGAGUUUAUCGCACAUCGACCGCCGCCGCUUCCUCAACAAAGCCAGAGUCAGCUGUCGUUUCAGCAUGGUCAGGCAGAGAAUCUAUCUACCGUCAGCCGCCAACAAGAGCAAGAAACCACGCCUUACUUGCAGAAUGCUCAGUUACACCAGCCAACCAAAUUGCUCGACCCAACCCCUGCUGGCUCCGCCUUUGAGUCUCCCGUCUCGAGCAAAUCGCAACCUGUUUCUCAGGCUGCCGUUGAGCAAGGACGGCAUCUGAACGAUUCGCCUGCUAGCUUCACUGUUCAGCAAGCUGUUGCAGUUCGCCAGCCUCCAGCUCAGAGCUACGGACAGGGCUCUCGGUUCAGUCCAACCCAAAACCCCACGCGCAAGCCUCUGAACGCCUCGGAGGGGUUGAAUAACGAUCAAUCUGCUCCUCCCGGAAGUCCUCCUGCCGGUUAUCAAGGACAGGGCCCGACACAGUUCGGGGUGUCGGGACCUAGCUUCCAGCAAGAAACGCGAGAUGCUGGACCAUCCCAGUUCCACCCUUCUGCCGGAGUUCAGCUGCCGGAUCAAGAUAGCAGAGCCCCGUCAAGACAGUCGAUCUCUGCUGUUUCGCCAACCGUUGAGACGCCCUCUAUCCACAUGCAUCCUCAGGGACUGAGUCAAGGACCAGGAGCUGGGCCUCGCCCCCCGAGCGGACACUCUUACCAGUCUAGCCUUCAGUCCUCUCAAGUUCAACAAGGUCAGGCACCUCUCCAAGGGAUUAGCACUCAGCCCACUUGGGGAUCGGCCCAAAGUGGUCCUCAGCCCAACCGCGCACCGUUCGGUCCGGGUCCUCGUCCGAAUGGCAACCCUAUGAUUCCUCAGUUUCACCAGAAGGAAAAGGAACAAAGCACAAUUUCGAAACUCUUCAAGGGCAGCAAGGCAACCGGGCCGUCGGCACCGAAGCCAGAAAAGGGCGAGAAGGAGAAGGGUGGCAAUCUCUCGGGGUUCCUUGGUGCUUUCAAAAAGGGGACGAAGCAGAUGGAGAUUCAUUCACCCAACGCUCUGCCGCCCAUGGGUGGCCAACCGUUCUUGGCCGGGCAAUCUUCUCAAGGCCAGAAAUCCCAGCCUUUCGCGCCUCAUCAGGUGGGAGUUCAAGCCCAGCCGCAGCCACAACAACAGCCUCCAGCUGGUGCGUCCACUCAGGAACAAAGGCCCCAGCAAACUGGUCCUGCUGGUCAGCAUCCAUACCAAAAUCAGCCUCAGUUCCAGAGACAGCAAGGGACUGCGCCAACAAUCCAACCAUCGCCGCCAUCCCAGCAGCAAGCUCCUCGCCCUGGUCCGCCUCCCACCGAGCCAAAGUACGAGAGGGUCCCUAUUCCUGCCUCGUAUGGGUAUGUUCAUGGCGAGGGACGUGUUGCUCCUGGGCCUGUUGGGUUCUAUGUUGGCCCUACACCUGUCGGGUUGUAUGGUAUGCCUCAAGGGCAGAUGAUUCCAGCGGGCUAUCCCCAGCAAUGGGUACAGCCAGGAGGGAUGCCAACUCAAAUCCCGCCUGGAGCCGUCCCUGGUCAAGUGAAUUCUCAGCAGGUCAAUGGAGCUCAAGGUGCUUCACCCCAGCCCUCGAAUUCUUCGGUUCCCGUCAACGCUCGUGAUCCUUCUCCCGCGUCUCAGGGUCACGUUCAUGUCCAAGCACCUUCACCGGUUCCGGUUCAACCUCCAGCACCCCCACCUGCCAGUGCUGCCCCUGCUCUACAGCAGCCUCCAGUAUUCAACAGUCAACCGUCUCUGCGUGAGCGGGUUCCUUCUCCGGAGGCCCAACCCACGCAGCAGACUCAGCCCCCACAAACUGCUCAGCCAGCUCAGCCACCUCCUCCAGUGCAGCAACCAGCGCAGUCACACCCGGCAAGUACUUUGACCGCUGUUCCCCGCCAAAUAGAGGUGUCACCUCAAUCCUCUGUGCGGACAGCUGCGCCUCAGGCACCGUCGCCUAACAUCUCGCCUCCUGAGAGACAAGUGCAACCUCGGCCAGAACCAGCUCGUUUCGACAGCCGGGACAGUGACACUUUGCCCUCUGCGCAGCCAAGUCCCCUCAAGCGGAAUGUCAGCCCGCCGCAAAACGGCAGCGCCACUCACCAGCGCCAGUUCUCCGCCGGCAACGGACUUGCUUCUCUCCCCUCGCAGCAGCGGUACAUGCAGUCUAAGCAGUCGCCCUCCCCUCCUAAUGGCAGCCAGUUCCUACCGCCAAGGAGCCCGGAUCGACAGGCACCAAGCACGGUUGUUCCGAUCCAUAUUGCAGGCGCCAGCAUCGUUUCUCAGGGGUCAAGAACUGUCAGUCCGCCUCAGGAUUCGAGAACCGUCAGCCCAGAACCAAUCAUACCAGGCCCUUCUGCUCCGGUUCAGCACCUGCAGUCACCGAGUCGUGUGCCAGAUGACAAUAUUUACGAUGCUACGCCGCGCAACUCGCAGUUUGCUCCCCAAGAGCAGCCGAAACAACAACCUGAGUCUCAGCAGCAACAGCAGCAGCGAGCCUCACCUCCACCUCAGCCACAGACACCGCAACAACAAGAGGAACAGCAACGCCAGUCGCCUGUCCAGACUCGCUCUUCCCCUAUGGAGGCCGAAAACACCAUAAUCAUCUCCGAGCCCACCGAAACCAAGUCUGCCGGCCCAUCCCACGACACCACUCGUCCCAAACUCGAGCUCAAGCCCCCGGCUGAACCACGGCCCCGUUCCAGCUCUCCCCCGGCCGUCGAUCACGACUCCGAUGACGACCUGUCCGAUGUUGAAUCGCCCAUCAUCGCCUCUGCUACUGUCGCGACACUCAAGCCUGCUUCACCAAGCAACAAGACAACACAAACCGGGGCGGUCGCAAGAGAAAACAUUGCUAUUUUUGAACGGGCAAAGAAGAAGGCCGAGGAGGAGAGGAUCGCGCAGGAGAGGAUGGUGAUGGAGGAGAAGAUUCCGGUGUUUGAUGAUGAGAUGAUGAAUGCUGGGAAGAAGAAGCAGGAUGAGAAGGUGCAGAUGAGCGCGACGAGUUAUCCGGGGCAGGAGUGGAAUCCUUAUGGGGAGUUCCAGGAGUGGGAGUGA